GUUCACUAGCAUCAUUGUUGGUCUGACAUCCCAGCUGCUCAGCCAUGGCCCCCAAGAAAGCUAAGAAGAGGGCAGGAGAGGGAGCCAACUCUAAUGUGUUCUCCAUAUUUGAGCAGGCCCAGAUCCAGGAAUUCAAAGAGGCCUUCACUAUCAUGGACCAGAACAGAGAUGGCUUUAUUGACAAGAAUGAUCUGAGAGACACAUUUGCUGCUCUUGGACGUCUGAAUGUGAAACAGGAAGAGAUUGACGACAUGCUCAAAGAGGCUCCUGGCCCUAUCAACUUCACAAUCUUCCUUACAAUGUUUGGUGAGAAGCUGAAAGGCGCAGAUCCAGAGGAGACCAUCCUCAAUGCGUUUAAAGUCUUCGACCCUGAGGGAAAAGGUGUGCUGAAGAAAGACUACGUGACACAGAUGCUAACAACACAGGCUGACCGAUUCUCCUCUGAAGAGAUGGAGCAGAUGUUUACCGCCUUCCCACCUGAUGUGGCAGGAAACCUGGACUACAAGAACCUGGUCCAUAUCAUUACUCACGGAGAGGAAAAGGACCAAGAAUGAAGCUUUUUGAUUAUGUACUUUUUUUUUUUUUAACUAUCAUGUAAGAGUGAGUCAUGCAAGCUCUGUGCUUAUAUUGGUUUUAUUCUUUCUGUACAGUAAGACUAGAAACUGUUUGCACUAAAAUGUUUUCCUCCAGGCCACAAAAAUAGACAGUUCAGAAUUGAAUUGCAAUAAGGUUUUUUUGUUCUGUUUUAUUCCUUUUGUUUUAUUGUUGCCAUUAAUGUGAGACUAAUUAACAUAUUUUCAUCGUCAUUUUGUACACUGAAAACUACGGUCGUCUAAUGUUUUACAGUGCCUUGCAAACCUAUUCACAGCCCUUGAACUUUUCCACCACAAGUGUCACCUUAAAUCUGGCCUUGUAGUAAAGUGGCAAGAAGAAUUAAUAAGACCCGUUUACAGUUUGCCACAAACCUUAAAGGAGCAUAUUAAAGAAGAUAAGACCACAAUCGAUCUUUUUAGCCUAUGUGUAAAAUUACACACGGCAAAUAACUAACACCGCGCAUCAUCCUGAAUGCCAUAUCAGCCCCACUGGGACACACGGGCGUGGCAGCAUCAUGUAACUGGGAGAAAGCUAGUAGCGGUACUGGGAAGAAUGAAUGGUCCUAAUUACAUUACAUUACCUGAGACCAGUGUGGAGGUUUUCUUUCCAGCCGAACGACAACCCUAAACAUGCAACCAGUGCUGCAUUGGAGUCCAAAGCUAACUGAGAAUCUGUGGUAAAGCCUGAACACUGAUGUUCACAUACACUCUCCAUCCAAUCUGACUUAACUUGAGCUAUUUUGUAAAGAUGAAUGGGCACAAAUUUCAGUCUAUAGAUUUGCAAAGCUGGUAGGGGCAUACACUAAAAUAUCUGCAGCUGAUGCACAAACCAUGUAUCUUCUUAUUUCCACUUUAUCACAGAAAAUCCACCCCAAAAAAUAAUUGAUGUUUGUGAUUGUAACCUGACAGAAUAGGGGGAAAUUUUAAGGGUUAUACAUAUUUUUGGAUAGCACCAUAUGAAGUUUAUGCAUGUCAAAUAAACAUCUCCAAACACAA